AUGUACGUAAUCCCUGGGCGCGCGCGCGCGCACACACACGCACACUUAUACACGCGCCCCCAGGUCAUUGACGUGUGCAAGUCCUCAGGGUCCCACUACGACGACCUGGUCAAGUACCUGCUGAUGGUGCGCAAGAAGGUCAAGGAGCCCAAGGUGGACACAGAGCUGGUCUACGCCUACGCCAAGACCAACGCACUCGGGGACCUCGACACCUUCAUACACGGCACACACCAGGCCAACCUGCAGUCUGUGGGCGACCGGCUGUUUGACGAGGGCCACUACGAGGCGGCGCGCGUGCUGUUCGCGUUCAUACCCAACUGGGGCCGCCUGGCCAGCACGCUCGUGCGGCUGCACAGGUUCCAGGAGGCGGUUGACGCCGCGCGCAAGGCCAACAACCCCAAGACCUGGAAGGAGGUGUGCUUUGCGUGCGUGGAGGAGGGGGAGUUCAAGCUGGCGCAGCUGUGCGGCCUCAACAUUAUCGUCAACGCGGACGAGCUGGACGAGGUGUCUGAGUUCUACCAGCGCCGCGGCCACUUUGAUGCGCUGAUGGGCCUCAUGGAGAGUGGCCUGGGGCUGGAGCGCGCCCACAUGGGCAUCUUCACGGAGCUCGGCAUGCUGUACGCCAAGUUCAAGCCUGAGAAGCUGAUGGAGCACCUGAAGCUGUUUGCGAAGCGCCUCAACAUCCCGCGCCUCAUCCGCGUGUGCGAGGAGCAGCAGCACUGGAAGGAGCUCACCUUCCUCUACAUACA